AUGGCCUCCUCUCUGCCUCCGAGUGAGCCUUUGAGUGAGCCUCCGACUCACAUUCGAAUCCUCACCCUUAAUUGCUGGGGUCUAAAGUACAUCUCCAAGUAUCGCCAUGAACGUCUGUCCGAGAUUGGGCGACAGCUGGCUCUGGCCGACCCGCCGCCAGAGAUAGUGGGCCUUCAGGAGUGCUGGACGCAGCAGGACUACGAGAGCAUUCGAGACCAAACCCGCCACAUACUACCAUACGGCAAAUUUUACUUUGGAGGAAUAUUCGGCGCGGGACUGGCCAUUCUAUCAAAGUGGCCUAUCGAGGAAAGCAGCAUGGUUCCGUACCCAUUGAAUGGACGACCAACAGCUUUCUUCCGGGGUGACUGGUUCGUGGGGAAAGGAGUCGCCUGUGCUAGGGUCCGAUUUGGACCUGGGGUGGCUGAUGUUGCUGAGGUCUUCUGUACACACUUGCAUGCGCCGUACGAGCGCGAGCCGAACGACUCCUAUCUAUGCCAUCGCACUGCUCAAGCUUGGGAGAUCUCCAAGCUCAUGCGUGGCGCUGCUGAGCGUGGACAUCUAGUCAUUGGUUUGGGUGACUUCAACAUGCUACCAUCUUCCUUUGCCCACAAGUUGAUCUCUGCCCAAAGUCCUGUCCGUGAUGUCUGGCGCGAGCUCCACCCGGACUCGUCCGUUGGCGCCGCCAUUGAUGACGUUGAAAAGGCACGGAACCGACCAAUCCCAUCAGCGGAAUUCAACUUGAUCGAGAAUGGUGCUACUUGCGACGGUGCCUUCAACACAUGGCGCUGGUCGAAAGCUCUGCAGAAGCAGCUCGACAAGGGUGACGAUAUUCCUGUAGACAAAGAUGCCCCCGACGCUCGCGCCAAACGUCUCGACUAUAUCUUUGUCGGUGAUGGCGGUUACGCCCCGGGUUUCCCUCCACCACGCUGGUCCGUCGAGUCUGCACAGGUCGGCAUGACCCAGCGCCAUCCCACUCUCCGCUGCUCCUUGAGCGACCACUUCGCCGUCGAGGCUGUCAUCACUCGCUGCGCUGAAGGAACAGGUCCUUUGCCAUCAACUCAAACCGAACCAGCCCCAUCACCCACCGAACCACCUCUUGAAAAGACGACUUCUGCCUCGUUCGCACCAAAUGCCGCUCUGUCUCCACAUACAUACGAUCUCAUCAUCGAAAUGAUUCAUGCUUACGUGCGCCGCGAGCGAUCACAGCGUCGCUGGCGACUGAUUCACUUCAUUUUGUCUGUAUUCAUCUCUAUUGGGUGCAUGAUCGGCGUGUGGUGGGUCGGCAACCGCACCUAUAUCGGGUUCAUCUUGAUCCUGGUCAGUACGCUGAAUUUCGGGGCUGGCAUUCUGGAUGGAUUGAUUGGUGGGCUGUUCGUUUCGAGUGAGCUCCGUGCUCUGAAGGAGUUUGAGUGGGAGGUACGGAAUGCCAGAAGUCUGGUCCUGGCUGCAGAGAAGGGUCGUCCUGGAAGCUCCUAG